AUGUGGCUUAGAAAUAUCACGAUUUUCAACCAGAGAUAUCUAUUUGAGCUCCAAAACAGUGUCAGGUUUAUAAGGCAUAAACCAUGGGUGCCAAAAUUUAGACUACUACGUCAGAUGCAACCGUGGGAUCCUCCACUGGAUCUUUCUGAAGAUAAGUUUUCUGGAAACGAAACAGUAUCAGAUUACCGAAGACGACUACGUAGAAAUGGAAUGCUUCCUUCUCCCCUGUUUUUUGAUCGUCCAAUCAAUAUCGGACAUACAAAUACUAUUAUCGAGCCAUAUGUCCCACCUGAUGGUGAUGGUCAAACGUCAUUACUCUCAUCAAAGAAAUUCUUAGAGUUAAAGGAUGGUUUACUUGAUAAAGGCAGGAAUUAUAGAGAUACAAUGUUAAUAAAAUCUCAUGAGCCUUCAUUCAAACCUAAAACGUUUGCCAUCGAAGCUGAAAGUAUCUAUAUUGAAGCUCAUGAUUUAUUACAAAAUUAUCGUCAGAAUGAAUCUCGGUUAUUUGAAUUAGUUACAGAGAAAGCGUUACUGGACAUGACUGCAGACUUGAAAUUGCGAACUCUACAAUGGAAGUUUAUGGGUAAUAUUGAACCUCCAAGAGUUGUUCAUAUACGCUGCAAAGAAGUCAUGGCGAAAGAUAAUCAUUAUGCUCAAGUCACGGUUCGCUUUUACACUCAACAGAUUUUAGCAAUUUAUAGCCGAUUUGGACGUUUACUAUACGGUAACCCGGAUGUUGCAGUUGAUGUCCUCGAAUAUGCAGUAUUUGAGAAGCAUAUUUCUGAUGAAUACGGUAUAUGGAGAUUACAUGGUAAAAUUCAACCGCCAAAUUCGUCAUCACAUUAUACUUACAUACCUACUCAGCGAUUGAUUCCAAUUGACUCAUCACUAACAUCGGAGUCAAAUAAUUUGCUCCUAGAAAAUAAUAAUAGUAAUAGUAGUUCAAAUGAUUCACCUUCAGAUACUGUUUCAAACAAAGAAACUUUGAACUGA